CUCAAAAUGGCCGACGGUCGUCUGCAAGGCAAAGAAAUUAUUGUCACUGCAGCAGCGCAAGGAAUCGGUCGUGCUGUUGCCGAAGAAUUUGCCAAGGAGGGUGCUAAUGUUUUAGCCACCGACGUCAACGGCCAAAAACUCGCUGAACUGAACUCUGUCAAAGGAAUACGAACCAAGAUCUUAGACGUGACGAACUACGAUGCGAUUAAAGAACUGGUCAAAGAUUUCUCCAAGUUAGACGUGCUCUUUAACUGCGCUGGGUUUGUUCAUAAUGGGUCGAUUUUGGACUGUGAGGAGAAAGAUUGGGAUCUCUCCUUUGAUAUAAACGUGAAGAGCAUGUAUCGUUUGACGCGGCAAUUUCUCCCCGUCAUGCUCGCAAACGGUGGAGGAGUAAUUAUCAACAUGGCCUCUGUAGCUUCAAGCAUUAAGGGAGUUCCGAAUCGUUUUGUAUACAGCACAACAAAGGGUGCAGUCAUCGCCUUCACCAAAGCACUAGCAGCUGACUUCACCGCGCAGGGAAUUCGUACCCAUGCUAUUUGCCCUGCCACAGUGGAUACUCCUUCACUGCGAGGGCGAAUCAACAGUGCCCCAGAUCCUGAAGAAGCCAUGAAGAAAUUCCUGGCUCGGCAGAAACAGGGAAGACUUGGAAGACCUGACGAAAUUGCAAAACUUGCUGUUUUCCUUGCGUCAGAUGAGGCGCCUUACAUGACGGGCUGUGAGCAUAUCAUUGAUGGAGGAUGGAUGCUUGGCUAAGUGCCUGUUGGUAGGG